AUCCAAUACCACAAACCAGAUCCGGUUUUCUAACCCAUCCCAGACGGCGGCUGAACAAGUGUCAUAUGAUUUCGUACCGGCGAAUCUCGCCGCCGUUAAACCCUUCAGACCCGUAUUCGCCGGUGGAGAUUCAAGGAGUCAAAUCUCCUCCUCCCAUGGUGGUUUCUCCCUCCAAUGCCCAUCAGUAACCCUACGAAACGGCCCAUCUCCGUCGCUCGAUCGUUUUUUCUCAGCAGACACGCCUCCAGAGAAGAGCUCUCUCAGGCGGUGUCUCGUCUCGAGCCCCUGACAAAGCAAGGGAUUCGCUUACCAUUCGAAGUCCUCGCGUCUCUGCUCCAUCGCUGCGGAGAAACGAGGUCCUUGAAACAAGGCAGAUGGAUCCAUCGUCACUUGAAGAUCACCGGAUUCAAGAGACCCAACACGCUUCUGUCUAACCAUCUGAUCGGAAUGUAUAUGAAAUGCGGCAGACCCAUCGACGCGUGUAAAGUGUUCGAUAGAAUGCUUACGAGGAACUUGUAUUCGUGGAACAAUAUGGUCUCCGGGUUCGUCAAGUCGGGGAUGUUGGUUCGUGCACGAGAGGUGUUCGAUGGUAUGCCCGAGAGGGAUGUUGUCUCCUGGAACACGAUGGUGGUUGGGUACGCUCGGAAUGGGAAUGUAAACGAGGCUUUGUGGUUUUAUAGAGAGUUGAGGAGAUCUGGGAUCAAGUACAACGAGUUCAGCUUCGCGGGGAUGUUGACGGCGUGUGUGAAGUCGAGGGAGGUCCAGCUCACUCGGCAAGCUCACGGGCAGGUUAUGGUUUCUGGGUUUCUCUCAAAUGUGGUGCUUUCGUGUUCUGUUAUUGAUGCUUAUGCGAAAUGUGGUGAGAUGGAGAGUGCUAAAAGGUGUUUUGAUGAGUCGGCAGUGAAGGAUAGUUAUAUUUGGACUACUCUCAUCUCCGGAUACGCCAGAGCAGGUGAUAUGGAAGCGGCUAAGGAGGUGUUCAGUGAGUUGCCAGAGAAAGAUCCAGUCUCUUGGGCUGCUUUAAUUGCUGGAUAUGUUAGACAAGGUUUAGGGGAGCAAGCGCUGGAGCUGUUGAGAAAAAUGAUUGCUUUUAGGGUUAAACCAGAGAAAUUUACUUUCAGCAGCUGUCUCUGUGCCUCUGCAUCUCUUGGACAUGGCAAGCAAAUACAUGGCUACAUGAUCCGUACAAAUGUUGGUCCCAAUGCGGUUGUUAUCAGUUCUUUGAUCGAUAUGUACUCCAGAUCAGGGAGCUUAGAAGCCAGCGAGCUGGUUUUUGAUCUUUGCGGUGACAAGCAAGACUGUGUUGUGUGGAACGCGAUGAUUUCUGCAUUGGCACAGCAUGGGCUUGGCCAUAAGGCCUUGCGAGUGCUUGAUGACAUGAUCAAACUCACAGUUGUCCCAGACCGGACGACUCUGGUUGUGAUUCUGAGUGCCUGCAGUCACUCAGGUCUGGUGGAGGAAGGAGUCAGGUGGUUUGAUUCAAUGACUGCUGAUUACGGGAUCGUUCCCGACCAAGAACAUUACGCAUGUCUGAUAGAUCUCCUAGGUCGUGCCGGUUGUUUUAAAGAGUUGAUGAGUAGGAUCGAGAAAAUGCCUUUUAGACCAGACGAGCAUAUUUGGAAUGUAAUCCUAGGAGUAUCUGAGAAUAUUUGGGAAUCAGUAGAAGAGCUGAGAGGGAUUAUGAAGAAGAGAAAGGUGAAUAAAGAGAAAGCUCUUAGCUGGAUUGAAAUAGAGCAGAAAGUUGAAACUUUCACAGUCUCAGACGGUUGGCAUCAUCGUCGCAAAGAAGAAAUCUACUCCGUUCUGCAUAAUCUGGCUGUACUUAUGGAAAAAGAAGAAGUUUCAAGAACAUGAUCCUCGAACAAGAAGAAGAUGCAAUUCCUGUAAAUUCAUGAGGAUUGUACACUACUGUUAAAAGCCUGCAGAAGAAGAGAGAGUUAUACGUUUUGUGGUGACUGGUGAUACUUGUUUUUAGCUUCAAAAGUUUUAUAAGUCUAGCAGAGCUAACUAACUACACUGUUCGAAUUCUUUCUUAUUUUCCUUCCUGGAGGCAAUUUUUCAAGGGAAAAGAUAAAUAUUUCUGGUUUGAUUCGGAA